UACAAUAUUCUGUCUGUGCAUAUGUGUGCAGGCCAGAAGAGGGCACCAGACCUCAUUACAGAUGGUUGUGAGCCACUAUGUGGUUGCUGGGAAUUGAACUCAGGACCUUUGGAAGAACAGGCAAUGCUCUUAACCGCUGAGCCAUCUCUCCAGCCCGUAAAUGGAUUUUUUUAAAGCCACAUCUUAGUCUUAACCUCUCAACCACCUAUUCCUACCUCAGAACUGGAGAGUCACUGGCUUGCCCCUACCUCAGUGAUACUUCCUUUUGUAUGUACAGUAUUUCUAGAAGUUGGCCCAAACUGGUAACACAGACUCUGGGAAGACAUUUCUAGGAAACCGGUGGGGAGGAAGUUAAGCUAGCUGUGCACUUGGUUCUUCUGUUUAGUGGGAUGGCACAGCCCUUCUUCCCAGAGGUUCGGUGAGCUUGAAGGAGAGGCUGUGUUGAGUAAGUGAGAGUGUGUCUUCCUCUGCUCCCAUGUGCUUACUUGGAACAAGAGCACACUGGGCAAAGCUGACCGGCCCUGCACCGCCAUUGCCCAUUAAGUCACAGAGGCUCCGUGGAGGUCCAACUUCAGUUGACAAGCAGGUUGUUUAAUGUCUAUGCCCUCUUUUGCCGGAGUCUCCUUAAGUCCAGUUAACCUCUGGCUCUUCUUUCCAGGACACCUACCACAGUGGAAGAUGCCAUAUGUCUGCAGGGCACUCAGCAAGGAGAUGGAGACACAGAAAAAAGUGCUGCUUCCAAGGUGGACUUGGACACCCAGAAGGCUGAAGUUUUAUCUGAAGACACUGGCAGUGACUCCAUCAGCAGAACUCCACAACCACACAUGAGAAGGUACGUGCUGCUGCGCCUGGGCCUCCCUAGACGCUGCGGUGAGCUAACAAGUGCAACCCCUUUCUUUCCUUCUAGCUUUUAUCCACAGAUAAAGUGGUUCCAGAAAGAUGAUGUGGUCAUCUUAAAGAUAAAGAUAAGGAAUGUCAAAGAUUAUAAGUGUAAAUUCUUUACAGAUAGAGUCAUUUUCAGUGCCUGGGUAGGAGACAAGUUUUACUUGGCUGAUAUGGAGCUGCAAGGUGACAUAAGGAAAGAUGACUGCAAGUGUGUAAUUAAAGACAAUGAACCUCUAAUCACACUUGCAAAGGAGAAACGGGCACACUGGCGCAGCCUGCUCAAGCAGAGGCAUCCUAAUGUGGCUUUUGACUUUGAUCACUGGGAGGAAUGUGAAGAGGACAGCCCCUUCUCCAAGGUUGUAAAUUCUAAAAACCUGUCCUGCAAAGUGGCAGUGUUAGCUGAGAACAGCGGCACCUCUUCCGACACUACUGAUGGGAGCGACAGCGAGUGAGCCUGUGAGAGGGCUGAAGAGAGC